CCCGAACCAAGUAGUGCAAACCCAGACAACCAAAAUUGUUCAGUCCAAUUGAUGUGUGUUUCAAACGAGCAGCAGAGCAUGUCAUACAUACUCGUAUGUUGAAAUGUAAAGCAUUUCCUUUCUGCGGUCUCAUAUAAAACGAAAUUCUUCACGAAAUUUCCUGUAGAAGCUUUUAUACCAUCAUCCAAGGCAGGCGGGUAUACACUUGAAAAUUUACAGUUUAACACAAAAUAUUUGCAGAUAUUUCUGGUAAAUAUGUUACUAAAUGCUUUAAUAGUUGCGCUCUUGCCAUUGGGUGGUUACGCAACGGACACCACCAAUAUUUUUUUACCAUCCGAACGCAGUGGACACAAUAGCUUUUUCUCAUUUCUUCCACUCGGCGACGAUGUAGCAAUGGGACUGGAUUUUGAGUUGCCUUUCCUUAAGGUGCCAAUCAAGCGUUAUGUAGACAAGUACGGCAACUCUCCGGCUAUGGUGAACAUCAAUACAGCAUCUUUGAUAACCAGUGGUCUAUUGACCGGUGGUAGCCUGAUUGUGGGGCAUCUUCUGCGUUCACUUUCUUUUAAAGGACGAUCGUUUGAGGAUGAAGAGACGAUGCUUUUGGAAGGUGGCAUCAAAAAGACUGAGAAGAAAAAAUUUAAUGAGGAAGAAACAGGGAAAAGAGAGAAACGUGACUUCGAUUCCCAAAAUAAUUCUUACGAUGCUAAAAAUAUUUUCAAUUACUUUCGUUUAGUCUACAAAAAUGACACCGGCGAGCGAAUUGAGACGACACUACCAAGCCUUUUUGCACGUAUCGAGGAGACAUUCUUGGAUAAAAAAAUCGACAUCGCUGCUUGCGUGCAAAAAACCAUUUGCCUAAUGCUGCAGGAAUCCAGUCAAAAAGUGCGUCACGGACAGGCGACAAGCAUGCAAAAAAUCGUCGAUGGUUUGACGAGCUUUUCGUGGGUAUUGGAUAUGUUCGCGCCUUACGGAGAGUUGAGAAAAGCGAUAAAGGCGGGCAAAACGAAUGUAAAUGCAAGUUGUGUAAUCGCAUAUCCCACAUGUCACUGGUCCAAUCCAGCAAGUGAACUAACAGAGCUCCUGUGCAAUCAUGUAAAGUUUACGUAGGCCGUCACAACCGGAAAACUUUUUUUACUAUUAAUUAUUAUUAUAAGUAUUUUUAUACUUACUUUCGCUAAGUUUCGCUUGAAAUAAAAACAAAAAAUGUGUUUUUUUUAUUACAAUUUACGAUUCAAUUAAUAUUUAUUUAGAAUUAAACUCACAAUUUUAUAUGCAUUUAUGUUAUGUGUAGAUUAUUGCCAAAACAGAAAUAAUAAUAAAAAAAUAUUGUAGGUGAGAACAAAAUCAAAAUAAAACUAAAAAUUUGUUUUAUUAAAUGUUUACUGAUGAAUAAAGGAGUGAAAAAAUUGCCAAAUAUUAAUAUGUCUUAAAUAACAGUUAGAAGUAACAACUAAAUUUGCAGAGUAUACAGUUAUACAUUUUUUCAAUUUACUUUGAAUUUUUCUAUUUCUGGAUUAUAUUAAAAUUUACUAAUUCUUGACUAUAGAUUUGGUAAUUUAUCUACGCUUUGCUUAAACGCACAUGCAGUGAGAAAGUUUUUGUUUUCGUUUAAGCAAAAAUUAUUAUUUUUUAUAACUACUUAGUGUUUGUAAAAAAAUUUACAACAAUUUAUCUUCUACUGAAGAGUACCGCUUUUCACUAAAAAUGUCAAACAAUUUUUUUAAGCUACUACCAACGAAAUAAAUCAAUAAACCCACAUAUUUUUAGAAGCAAAGAAACUUUUGCAAAAUGCAAACACCAAAUACAUACAAAAUUUUAUAAGUUUUAAAAAAUUUUAAUUGAAUGUAAAUUGUAAUUUUAUUUUUAAUAACUCUAAUAUAUUGUUAUAACAUGCUUUGCAAAAAUUGUCUGACUUUUUUGUAAAAAACGAGCACUCAAUGUAAAUAAAAGUGUCAAUCAAAACUGUUGCAUACUGGGAAAAAUUCAAAUUUUGGUACUGCUUCAAGCCAAUAAUAUAUACAUAUUAUGUUUUACGAUCAUACAAAAACUUUCUCUACAUUAAUGCUUUGUAGAUUUUCCUUUACUGUGUUUGAAAUUUAAAAAUAAAUUUUAUUCCUUUGUUUUUGAGUAUAAGUUUUAGUAAAAUUUUUUUGUAUAAAAAAAUUAUUCUUCUCUGCUUUUAUUAAAGUAAUGCUUAAACAUUUUUUAUAAUUAUUUAUGAUUGUUUUUAAUAUUUUUUUUAUAUAUAUUGUAUAAUAACUAGCACUUAACCUAGAUUAGAUUUUUUUGUUUCAUCAUAGUUUUUGUGUGGUCUACUAAAUUUUUACAGGUUUUUUGUGUGGUGUCUUUGAAUAUUAAAAGUGACAGAAUUGAUAUUUUUUGAAAAUUAAACGCAAAAAA